GAGAACACCAUGAAGAAUCAGGGUCCAACUGGUAAAAAAGAAACUGUUGUGGACCAAAACCUGAAAACGCGACUGGACUGGUCCGAUACUCUCCCAGUUCCAAACUCACAGGAGCCGUGUAGAUCGCAUCGCAGUGCAACGCGCAGCAAGCAAAAGUUUAUAGCCCGAAACGAAUCUUGAAAAUGGCAGAAGCUGCGAAAAACCCAGUGGGUCAGCAACAGAAAAUCAUCGUACCCAACAAACACGGUGAAAAGCUUGUGGGAUUGUUACACGAAACCGGUUCCGCGGACCUUGUAAUCUUAUGUCAUGGUUUUCGAGACACCAAGGAAAACUAUAUUAUGGUGAACCUUGCUGUUGCACUGGAAAAUGAAAGGAUCAGUUCCUUCCGUUUUGACUUUGCCGGAAAUGGGGAAAGUGAAGGCACCUUUCAGUUUGGUAACUAUCGGAGAGAGGCGGAUGACUUGCACUCUGUGGUCAAGUACUUCUCUGGGGCAAAACGUGCACCCAGUGCAAUUGUUGGACACAGUAAAGGAGGCAAUGCUGUGCUCCUGUAUGCUUCUACCUAUCAUGACAUUCGUACGGUUGUCAAUGUUUCUGGACGUUAUGAUCUGAAGAAAGGCAUCGAAGAACGCUUGGGGAAAGACUUUGUGGAAGUAAUCAAGAAGGAAGGGUUCAUUGAUGUUAAGAAUAAGUCAGGAGAUGGUAAUUAUCGUGUGACCGAGGAGAGUUUGAUGGAUCGCCUAAGUACUGAUAUGCACGAAUCAUGCCUUCAGAUUGACAAAGAAUGCCGGGUGGUGACAAUCCAUGGAACUGCUGACGAGGUCAUCCCUGUUGAAGAUGCAUUAGAGUUCGCCAAGAUAAUACCUAACCACAAAUUACAUCUUAUAGAAGGCGCUAAUCAUUCGUACACCUCGCAUCAAGCCGAGUUAGGAUCGCUCGUCGUGGACUUCAUUAAGGCAGCUCUGCAGCAGGACAAGGCUACUUCAAACUAGAUACUCUGCCUAUAAAUUUCUUAAAGUGUUGCACCCGUUGACGACUCAGCCGGAUGGAGUCCUUAUCUUGAAUUUACUCCAUAUCUUGAAUUUUGAUGUAGCUUGGGACAUACAUGCUUUGCCACAAGUUUGUGCUUACUAAUCGAAAUCUCAUCUUCUCGAUGGUCAA